AUAAUUGUGAAAAAAGUUUAACUAAACUUGAAAUUUCAAAUUUAAAUAGGGAAAUAAAUAACAUUUUAUCUCUGAUUUCAUUUCCUUCAAAAAUGAUACAUCUUCCUGAGAGUGCUACUCAUCCAAGGAAGUUUUUGCUAAAAUUUUGGAUUGGAUAAUAAUCAAAAAUCAGAUAUAAUCUUGCCAAAUUUGGUCAGAUACUGAUACGUUGGAAAGGGAAAUCAUAUAUUGUAAAAGAAAAAAAAUCAAAGGAGGUCAAGGCAGUUCAUUCAUCAGUCCUCUUUUUUUCACUGCAGGAGAUACAUUUUUUUUUGCUAAUCCAUUAGUCUUUGUGCUUGAGUUCAUCUAAAUCCUUUCAAAAAUGAAUAAGUUCCUGAUCUUUCCUACAAGUUACUACAGAUGAUUACCAUACGAUUGUGUAGUGUUAUCUUUCAGAAAGAAGUACCUUUAAAAGGGAGUGAAAAGAAUACUGUGUCCAACAGAGACUCUAAGACUUCCUAAGACACCUAUCAGGGAUCAUUUGCAUUGCAGAGGUGUUUCUGCAAAAUGUAAUCAAAUAAGCUAUUUUAUUAUUGGAAUUAUUCAAACAAGUAAACUAUAUAUUUCUAUUUAAAUGAAACUAUAAAUUCAACAAUAUAAUAAAAUGAAAUCUAUCUUUCUAAAGAGUGUACUUUUUAUAUGUUUCUUAAUUUUCUAUUGCGAGGUAAUGAUAUACUAUGUAGUAUUGCUUCAGUGUUCCUGGCCACACUUAGAAUAUUCAAAUCAAUUUAUUAAUUCCUUUCAACAAAAUCAGCCUUUGAAAGUUAUGCUUCUUGCUGAUAUUCAUCUCCUUGGUUCAAGAAAAGGACAUUGGUUUGAUAAAUUAAGAAGGGAAUGGCAAAUGUACAGAGCUUUUCAGACAGUUAUGACUGUUCACAAUCCAAAUGCUGUGUUUGUAUUAGGUGACUUGUUUGAUGAGGGGCUUUGGUGUAGCAAAAAAGAAUUUAAUUAUUACAUUCAAAGAUUUCAUAGUCUUUUCAAUGUUCCACAAGAAACAAAAUUGUUUGUUGUACCUGGUAAUCAUGACAUGGGAUUUCAUUAUUGGAUGGAUGAUUAUUUAAAACAACGGUUUGAUGCUGCUUUUAACAUAUCAUCUGUUGAUCUAAUAACUUUAAGAGGAAACUCAUUUGUUUUAUUAAACAGUAUGGCUAUGGAAGGCGAUGGAUGCCAUUUUUGUAAAUCUGCCGACAAACAAUUACAGAAAAUUGCAAAUAUUUUAAAUUCCAAUAAGAAUGAAAAAACAAGUCAACGUUAUACUAAUGUUGAAAAAUUGCAAAAUAGCAAGCCUAUUUUCUUACAGCAUUUUCCUAUGUAUCGUUCAUCAGAUAAGAAUUGUAAUGAACCAGAUAGUGCUCCUCCAGAAGCAAAAUUUCAAAUUUUUCGUGAGAAAUGGGAAUGCUUAUCCAAGGAAGCUUCUGAUAAAGUUUUAAAAUUAUUGAAUCCUCGUGUAAUUUUUACUGGACACACUCAUUAUGGUUGCCAUGUAAUACACAAUGAAGACAUUCAUGAGUGGACCAUACCAUCUUUUAGUUGGAGGAAUAUUAAUAAUCCUAGUUUUAUAUUAUUUAUAUACGAUUAUAACGAUUCAGAAGACGAAUUAGAUCGACCAUUCAAACAAUUAGUUCCAUCGAGAAAAAAAUUUUCGUUUCUUUCUUUCCGUUCCGAAAAUAUUUUCGAAAAACGAACUAUAUUCAUGGAAAAUGAUCCCGGUAGAAUCGAUAAAAAUAUAAAAUAUCUGUUAAAUGCCCAAAUCUACGUGUUGUAUCUGGAUAGAAGGCAAAACGAUUCUCUCGAUGUACGUCUUGAUCGGAACAGAAAAUUAAGAACAAAAAACUUCAACCGCGUACAAGAAACCUCAAUCAGUUAUAAAUCCGAAAGUGUAGCUCCUAAUAAAAAUCAAAUUUUUAUACCUUCGGCUUUGAAGAUGAACGACAUGAAUUAUAACGAUAGCGGUGCAUUAUCACGAAGUAUAAAGUAUUAUUCUUCUGAUACAGAUUUGGAAGACGGUAGAAGGAUAUCGAGAAAACAGGAUUAUUAUUCCGAAAGUGAAGAAUCCGAUCAAGAAAAUUGGAAUUCGUACGGAGAUAAAGGAAAUUAUAAAACUGUUGUGAUGCGGAAGACCAAACGGCUCCCUAAUACAAGUAGAGACGUAACCAUCCCUGUCGAAACUAUAAACGUAAACGAUAGAUCCACCAGGAAGGGAAUCCCGACUUAUGUCGAAGCUACUAUUAACAAGAAGCGGAUAUCUUGCCAUCAAAAUACACCGAGAGAAGUGAAAGAGGCAUCCAGGAAUGUGUUCAUUCAAGCGAAACUAAAACCGAGAAAAGAACUGAAGAAAGAUCAUCCUCCAUUCUAUGAGAGAUAAAAUUUGUUCCUUUUCAAAUCAUUGAUGAUUUGUAUAAUUUUAUAUAGAUUUUAUCUAAAUAAAGUAAAAUUUUUGCUUA